AUGGCAAGCGUAGCUUCGGUGUCCCUCCUGUCGGAGGCGGAGUUUGGAUGCGAGCAUCUUGCCUCCAAGCUUACAAAUGACGGACCCGCCAGCGACCAGUUCAAGAAAUCCUUCCUAAAUGCCAAUAACGCCUUGGGGCGCACCAACCUCGAUGGCUCGUCGACGAAAAUCAUAUCCUCCAGGUUUCUAAAACCCAAAUAUACAUGUGUGGCCUGUUCCGAGGUGUUUAUGAAUGGCGACCGUAAAGCCCAUGCGGAUAAAACUGGACAUCAAUUCUAUAUGGAGUCCAGGAGCCGCGCCCUAUUUUGUCAAUCUUGUGAGGACUUCGUUUACGACCACGGACUUGAACGCUUCCGAUCGUCGACUCCAGAAGUUACACUACAGGUUUCAAAGAAACGCCGGUUCAGUGAUAGUUCAGCUGAUGAACUUUAUGUGAGGAGCAAUGCAACCAAGCGCCCCUGUGCAAAGCAAGGAGUCAGAGGCCUGUUCAAUCUUGGACAGACCUGCUAUUUGAACGUCAUACUACAGACGCUUUUGCAUGACCCGAUUCUCAAUACUUAUUUCCUUGGGAAUGGUCAUCAACCCCAUGAUUGCACGGUGCCCGAUUGCGUGGGAUGCGCUGUUUCAGAGGCAUUUGCCGAUUUCAAUAGUUGCGACAAGGCGGAAGGGUUUGCGGCACUCAACCUUCUCUUGGCCUCAUGGCGUGCGAGUCCGGCUUUGGCUGGGUAUCAACAACAAGAUGCUCAUGAAUAUUACCAGUUUCUGGUCGACAAGUUACACGCCAGCACCGAUGGACACCGGGAGGGUCAUGGAAAAGGAUGCAGCUGUUUCUUCCACAGAACGUUCUACGGCAAACUUCGAAGCAGUGUAACCUGUGAUAAAUGCGGCAAUAUCACACGAACCGAAGACCCUAUGGUAGAUCUAAGCUUGGACGUUCAGGUUCAGGCGAAGAAGCGAGCCAUGGGCGGCGCUGUUGGCCCUCCAACAACCCCAACUUUGAAUGGUUGCUUAGAAAGCUUCACCUCUCCCGAAAAGCUCAUGGCAGGUGUGUACAACUGUAGCGGAUGUGGUGGAACGCCGCAAAAGGCAACAAAGCAGCUGCGUAUCAAAAAAUUACCCGCAAUUCUCUGCAUGCAGCUCAAACGUUUUGAGCAUACGUUUUCCGUCUCAGAGAAGGUAGAAGGCCGAAUUGACUUUCCAUUGUCGAUUAAUAUGCUUCCAUAUACAACCAACCCGAACUCUCGCGUUGACAAAUCCCGCUACAUCUAUGACCUAUCGUCAGCAGUGGUCCACAAAGGAAAGCUCGAGGCAGGCCAUUACUACGUCUAUUGUCGCCAGGGUGACCAGUGGAUGCUCUUUAACGAUGACCAGGUCACCGCUGUAUCCGAAGCAGAUGUCCUCGGAGUUGACGCUUACCUCUUGUUCUAUAAUCUUCGAUCACUAUCUACCGCACCACCAUAA